AUGGUGCUGUGGAGCUCAGGAGUCCAUCUGGAAGACAGAAACCGUCCAGCUGAGGCUGAUGGUGAGGUCAGGUUGGUGGGAGGAAGCUCUGGCUGUUCAGGUGGACUGGAGCUGAAACACCUCGGAGAAUGGAGACCAGUGGACGACUAUGGCUGGAACCUGAAAAUUGCUUCAGACGGGGUGCGGCUGCUGAAUGGAUCCAGUCGCUGUUCAGGCAGACUGCAGGUGAAGACUAACCCGUCUGACCAGACCUGGUCCUCAGUGUGUGAAGCAGACCUGGACCUGCAGGAUGCACAGGUGGUGUGUCGGGAGCUGGGCUGCGGGGCUCCUUCAGUCCUACAGGGGGAGCUCUAUGGAGACGUGCAGACUCCCAGGUGGAGCCCAGAGUUCCAGUGUGGAGGCCAUGAGUCUGCUCUGCUGGACUGUAGAAGCUCAGGUUCAGCUAGAAGCAGCUGCUCACCUGGUAUAGCUGCUGGACUCACCUGCUCAGGGGUCGAUGAGUUCAGGUUGGUGGGAGGAGCCAGUCGCUGUGCAGGAAGAGUGGAGCUGAAAUAUCUUGGUGACCAGAGACCUGUGGUGGACGAUGACUUCACCCUGAAGACAGCAGCUGUCAUCUGUGAACAUCUGAACUGUGGCUCUGUUGUUUCUUUUGAAGCAACUGAUGUGUCACUUCAAUCUAUGUGGAGAAUCGACUCAGGAUGUUUUCAAUCUGGAUCUGAUCUGUGGAACUGUGUGUCAUUAUCAUGGAGAUCCUCUGGCACCCUGAAUCUCACCUGCUCAGACGGGGUGCGGCUGCUGAAUGGAUCCAGUCGCUGUUCAGGCAGACUGCCCAGCUCUGGGUCAGCGAGCGAGGCCCGGCUCAAGGUCAGGCUCGCCCGGCUGAAGCUGGAAGCCCAGGAAAAGGUGGAGAGGAGAGACGCACGGCUCAAGCAACAGCUGGAGAUUCGGAGGCUUGAGAUUGAGGCGGAGACGGCGGUACGCAUGCGCCAGCUGGAGCUCGAGUCUCAGAGGGAGACGCACGUGCUCCGCUCAUCGGCUGGCGUUGCGUUUCUGCUGGGAAAUGACAUUGCUGGGGGCAAGGUGACUCCCACCUUAGAGAUGCUGGUUGUGCCCAUGUACCGCAAGUCCAGUACCAUUGACAAACCAGAUUCCGAGUUGUCCCCGGCCUGUACUCCCGAUGUCCUCUAG